CGCCUGAGCUGAGCGGCUGAACUGAACCGGAACCAUUUCCACUCUCGUCUAAACCCUACGCCCCUCCUCCGACCUCCGCUCGCCGCCGCAUCCAGCCAGCCAUGGGUAGCCGGCUGGGCCGCCGCGUGCUCCACUUCGCCAACCUCCCCAUCAAGCUCAUGCUGCCCCCGGCGCCCCUCGCCUCCGUCCAGGAGUUCGCCAUCAAGACCGUCCCCUCCGCCUCCAAGAUCGACAUCCGCCGCUGCCUCGAGUCCAUGUACGGCUUCUCCAUCGCCGAGGUCCGCACCCUCAACAUGGAGGGCAAGAAGCUCCGACGUGGCCGCUUCCUCGCCGCCAAGCCCGACUACAAGAAGGCCUACGUCACCCUCCACGCCCCGCUCCACGUCUCCCCCGACAUCUUCCCCAUCGGCGCCAUCCUCGCCGAGAGGGAGCGCAAGGCCAGCGCCGCCGCCGCCAGGAGGAAGGCGGUGGAGGGGGCCGAGAUCGAUGGGGAGAGGGAGGGGAAGGGGAAGCAUUGGAUGGAGGACGACAGGGAAGGCUUCUCCAGGGCCGGGCACGGCAAGGUCGUGUAUGGGAAUCCCGGGAGGCUGGGGAAGAAGAGGCGGGACCGUGCCAGGGUGAAUCAGGAGCCUAAAGAGGAAGGGGAGAAAUUCCCAUGGAACGGGAUGCGGCUGACUACCGAGAAACCUGCUAGGAAAAGACACUAUCCUGCCAAGAAACAGGGCGGCAUUGUCUUGAAGCAGAGAUCUCAUAGAGGAUCAGCUCUGCGUGCAAAGAGGAGUUUCGUAGCUUGAGAGCUGGUGUUGAGUAGCCAUGUCUCGGGCGCUGAAGCAGGACGUGGUCCGUGGAUCCACGAUGAUGCUGCCUGGUCCAUUUCGUUUCCGACACAGAAUAAAGAGAUGUUUUAGUAUUUACUAUCAAGCCUUUGGUGUAUUUUUGCUAUGAAAUCUUGUUUGGAUUUUGGGGUUUAUCGCAGGCUGCGGCAUAGGCUGCUGAGGCCAGGAAGGUGCAAUCUGGCCACUCACUCAUGGGGAUCUGUAACUGUAGUACUAGUCCUUUUGACGAAAUAUUUUCUUCAUCUGUCUUUUCAUCCGCUGCUAAUUAGAAGAGAAAGAAUGUACACAUCACUUGCUUCCCUUUUAUUUUUUGUGUUUGUUUC